AUGUCAACAGGUAGAGCUGCGACAGGGGUUGCAGGGCGGACCAUCAAACGGAAGGUGCAGUCUAAUCGGGAUGCCCCGUACAACACACGUCUUUUCAACACAUUGUGGACGUAUCGCAGCGGGCAGUUAACGACAAGUAAUGUGCGUCGGCUAAAAGAGACAGGCAUUCCAAUCGGUUAUGGCUCCAACGGCAAUGGUAACAAGUACGAUGAGGGGGGGGACGCACCUGUCAAAAGCGAUCUGCAGCCUCAUGCGAUGCACAAAUUUACAGGGGACGAGAAUUGGUCCCUUCUCAUUGCGGUUCCGAAAAACUCGGAGCACUUUCACAACAUUCUCGAGUGUUCCAGAGGAAGUCUUAUGGUCGGGCACACCGACCCCCAGUUGUUUCACUGGUUCAAGCAACUUGGCACUUUGCCGCCGCGGGCAAUUCUCUCCGGCCCACUGGAACUUCUCUCUGGCGACAUGCAGCACGAGGCAUGGGAGGAAACGUUUUCCCGCCACCCAGUGAUUCAUAGCAUCGCACAAGACAUGUGGACACGCAAGGAUAGUAAGACCGAAGAGGAAGUUGUCACCAUUGAACGCCGAGAACGUGAGGAGGACGAAAAGCGCAUGCGUCGCAUGAGCAGCAGUGAUUGGCGGGCAAAAUUCAAGGACCGUGAGCGCAAUCCCACCGCCGAGGAGGAUGAAGAACGGCCUAUUUAUGUCAUCAAGCCAGAGACUUUUGCGCUGCUACGGCUGCAGCCAGAUGUAAAGCUUUGGAUGAAUGUUGUUUCCCAGACGCAGCGUGUCUGGGAGCCUGUGAUUCCCGACCCUGACCCGCUCUGUCGCUGUGCCCCACGUUUCCUGCGCAUGCUUAACCUCGCGCGGCAAAAACUUGUACCGUCACUCAAUAUGAACUUUGCCCUGAAGCUGACAAAUGCGUUUAUAUUUGAGGUGGACAAGGAAGGACUGUGGGCGAUGGGAACACAAGAAAACCUCCACGGAACUUGUUCGCCCGCCGACGGUGCGGUACGGGAGGAGUGGACGGAGUUACGCUUGGAGUUUGGGAAGGGCCAAGUGAUACAGACGGAGCAGGAGAUGGAGUGGUGGGUGCGUGGGCUGACGAAACUCGGGGCACCGGAGAUGUCGCAGUCGAACAGUCAAGUGGAGGAUGCGGGAAUGAACCCGGAGGAUUACGACUACCGCCACAUCUGA